GUGGUGAGCUAACUCUGGACGAGCUAAUCGCUGGUGCUGAGCAAGACACAGAAUUCCAGAGUCGACUCAGGGUCAUGGACAUUGACGAGGUUGACUUGGAGCAGCUAUUCGAGAUGAUCGAUGCUGACGGUUCGGGGUCCGUAGAAGCCUCCGAGUUUAUCGGGCCGCUCAGCCGCUGGGUCCAUGACUCCAA